CCGGGGCCGCCGCGGCCAAGAUGGCGAGCGGAGGGGCCGCCGGGGGCCGGGAGCGCCGCGCAGGUUUUGUGUAAUGCCAGGCGUUCCUUUCUAUAUAACUUCUCAGAGCCGGUCAGGAUUUCAGAAUGAAUCAGUGCCCUUUGUUGACAACUUGUAAUGCCAGAACUCAGUCGGACCUUCAGGAUCAGUUGAGACUUUGGGCGACGUACCUGAGCACAUCCUUAGAGGGCUUCCCGAGGAAGUGAGGCUCCUCCCGUCCACUGUGGACAAGACCCGGCUUGGUGUCUGGGCCACAAAGCCCAUUUUCAGAGGGAGGAAGUUUGGCCCCUUUGUUGGCGACAAGAAGAAACGGUCCCAAGUGAAAAGCAAUGUGUACAUGUGGGAGGUAAAGAAAAGCGGAGGAUGGGUGGCGCUUCCCUUCCUUGGCAGUAGGCCCCAAAGUCUAUUACCCAAAUUUGGGAUGGAUGUGUGUUGACGCCACGGACCCAGCGAAGGGGAACUGGUUGCGUUAUGUGAACUGGGCUCGCUCAGGAAAGGAGCAGAAUCUUUUCCCGCUAGAAAUCAAUCGGACCAUUUACUACAAAACGUUAAAGCCAAUUGAGCCUGGGGACGAACUCCUGGUCUGGUACAAUGGGGAAGAGGACCCGCGGAUAGCAGCCGCGCUGGAGGAGGAGCGCACCAGCCACCGCGGCAAGCGGAGCUCCCCUAAGGCCAAGAAAGGAAAGAAAAAAUCCCAGGAGGCUAAAAGCAAAGGAAAGAAAGCCAGGGACAAGAAGCGGAGGGCUCCUUUGGGUCUGGAUUUAAUGCCUUUCGAUAUGAGGGAGACCAAGGAAGGGCAGUCCACAUAUCUGUGGCUUGCAGAAGGGAAUCAUCCCAGACAUGGGGAAUAUUCCAGGGUGCUGCCUUUGUUUCCUCUGUCUCCAGGCCAUAAGCCAGAGGAUGAAGCCCCCACCGUCUCUGCAGUUUUGCCCCUGGACCAGGCUGCUGUCAUCCAGGAGAUGGUGAACCAAGAUGCACUUCCCCGCCUGCUCAUCUCCAGCCCAGCCAGCGAGCCGCCCGCCACUCCUGAGGACAAGCCGGAAGGGCUGUUGUGUGGGUCCAAAGACCUAGAAGAGGACCCCGAGGAGGAGGCUGAGGAAGAGGAAGAGGAGGAGCCUGUGGAGGAAAUGGGGGAGGAAGAGGAGGAGGAAGAGGAGGAGGAGGAGCCUGAGGAAGAAGAGGAGGAGGGGAGCUUAUCUAAAGAAAACCCAGAUGUGGAAUCCCCGUCCGCGUGUGAAGACAAGCUGGAGUCUGUGGAGGAGCAGAGCAGCCUGUCCGAGGGCUCCCCCGGAAGCUCUCCCAAGAAAAAGCCUUUGGUGAGGUUUCCCAGAGCGAGAGGCGAGUCUGGCGGGGGCGCCCCGGGGGCGUCCAUGUUCCCCUGCCAACACUGCGAAAGGAAGUUCACCACGAAGCAGGGCCUGGAGCGCCACGUGCACAUCCAUAUCUCGGCCAUCGGCCACGCUUUCAAGUGCCGCUACUGUGGCAAGGCCUUUGGGACGCAGAUCAACCGCCGGCGGCACGAGCGGCGGCACGAGGCGGGGCCGAAGAGGAAGCUGCUCCUGCCCUCAGCCUCCGCCCAGCUCUCCGGAGGCAGUGCCCAGGCUGCCGAGGGGGGCAUCCAGGGCGACGGCAAGGUCCGACAGGAGGCCCCGGCCCCGGAGGCCGAGAACGCCCCUUCCAAAACGCCGCAUCUCCCGUCUUUUGAGGAGAGCAAAGAGCCCAAAGAGUCGCACCCGUGCCAGUACUGCAGGAAGGUCUUUGGCACCCAUACCAACAUGCGCAGGCACCAGCGCAGGGUCCACGAGCGGCACCUCAUCCCCAAAGGGGUCAGGAGGAAACCGGAGGAGCCCCAGGUGCCGGCCGGACAAGCCCAGCACCCCUCGAGCGCGUACGUGGCCAGCACGGACCUCGAGGAAGAAGGGGAAGCCGACGACGCGUACGUCAUGGACGUUUCCAGCAACAUAUCCGAGAACCUCAACUACUACCUUGAUGGCAAGAUCCAGUCCAACAGCAGCACCAGCAACUGCGACAUGAUCGAGGUGGAAUCUGGCUCCGCCGAAGUCUUCGGCAUCAACUGCCUCCUGAGCCCCGUGGCAGUGGAGAUCUCCCCCAACGUCAAGGCGGUGCCCGUCCGCCUGGUGGAGGGGUUGAAAGAGUCACCCGUCGGCGGACACCCGGAGGCCAAAAAGCGGAGGACGGCGAGCCCCCCGCUGCUGGCCAAGAUAAAGACAGAGACGGAGGUGGAGCCGAUCGCCUCGCUGUGUUCCCUGACGAUUCCCCUCACCAUAUCGACGGUGGAGAGCUUGCCGUUCCCCAAGGAGAAAAGCAUUUACCUGUCGUCAAAGCUGAAGCAGCUCCUUCAGACGCAGGACAACAACAAAGUGGCCCCCUCUCCCCCGUUGUCGGCCCCGGGGGAAAUCCCAAAGCUGGGGCUCCCUGCUGCAUCCUCCCCUCUGCUCCCCGCGACCUCGAGCAGGUUCAAACGGCGCACCAGCUCCCCGCAGCACAGCCCGGGCCUCCGAGACCCGGGCAAAGCCGGCGAAGGCCAGCCCGCCUGGAACGAGGCGGCCCUGAGCGCGAAGCUUCCCAAGCUGGAGAGACGCAGCGACUCCCCUGCGUGGAGCUUGUCCGGGAGGGAGGAAGGAGAAGCCACGAGUCCCCUUCGUCCAGAGGAGUACCCGGCAUCGAAGGAGUGGGCGCCAAGCCCUCCGUUCGGGAACGUGUGCAACCAGCAGCCCUUGGAUCUGUCCAGCAGUGUGAAGCAAAGGUCGAAUGGGAAGGGCAGAGCUCAGGGGCCCUGGGAAUCCGUGCUCGACCUCAGUGUGCACAAGAAGCCCUGCGGCAACAGCGAAGGCAAGGAGGCCCCCUCGACCCCGCCAGCGGGGGGCGCCGUCAAGAAGAAGCCCACCACCUCCAUGUUGCAGAAGGUUCUGCUGAAUGAGUACAACGGGGCCAGCUUGGCACCCGAAAGCCCCUCCCCGGACACGAGCGCAGGUCCGAAGGCCCACAAGCUACCUGAGGCGCAGUCGCCGCCAGGCCCUGCCCCCCCAGCCCCCGCCGUAGAGUUGGGCUGCCCAGGCCUCGCCGCCGAGAUUUCUUUGCCCCCAGCGCCAGCCUGCCAGGCGCCAUCGGUCUUGGCCCGAACAGCUUCUCCUUCCCACCCUCCGUGCCCUCCCAUGCUCAAAGUCCCCACCCCCCCACCCCCUCUCCUUCCCACUGUUCCUUCACCACUCCCGGAAGACCCCAUCAGCACCUCUCCAAGUUGCUGCCCCUCCCCCCUGUCGAAUGCCGCUGCCCCCUCCCCCCUCCCCAUCCUUUCUCCGACCCUCUCGGCAUCUCCGGUUCAUUCCGCAGAGCCUCUCAGCUGCACUUCGCCUGGGCCGCCCACCCUCUCCUCCUCCUCUCCCUCCUCCUCGUCCUCGUCCUCCUCCUCCUCCUCCUCCUCCUCCUUUUCUUCCUCUUCCUCAUCACCGUCCUCCUCUCCUUCCCCCCCUCCUCUCUCUCUGGUUUCUUCCGUCCUCUCCCCUGGCGAAAACCUGGAAAAUUCAGCCCCCCUCAUGACCUUUAAGCAGGAGGAGGGAGAGACCCGGUGUCAGAAGCUGAGGGAGGACCCCCACCACCUGAGCGCCGCAGACGCCCUCCAGGAAGGCUUCAGUAGGAGCUUUGUGUGCAACGUCUGCCAGGCCCCUUUCCUCGCUAUCAAAGAUCUCACCAGGCAUCUGUCCGUUCACGCCGGGGAGUGGCCCUUCAAAUGCGAAUUCUGCGUGCGGCUCUUCAGAGAGAAGGCGGGCUUGUCGGAGCAUCGCUCCCGGCUCCACGGGGUGGGCGACAUCUUCGUGUGCUCCCUCUGCAAGAAAGAGUUUGCUUUCCUGUGCAACCUGCAGCAGCACCAGCGGGACCUCCACCCCGACAAAGAAUGCACCCACCACCAGUUCGAAAGUGGGAUCCUGCGACCACAGAACUUCACAGACCCCAGUAAGGUCGACGCGGAACAGAUGCGGGGCCUGCCCAGCGUUGCUUUGGAGUCCUCUAAGGAGGAGGAGGAGGAGGAGGAGGAGGAGGGCGGGGCGUUGAACGACUCCUCCGAAGAGCUCUAUACCACCAUCAAGAUCAUGGCAGCCGGAGUCAAGCCCAAAGACCCAGACAUCCGCAUGGGCCUCAACCAACACUACCCAAGUUUUAAGCCCCCUCCGUUCCAGUAUCACCACCGGAACCCCAACGGGAUCGGGGCGACGGCCACAAACUUCACCACUCACAACAUCCCUCAGACCUUCUCCACCGCCAUUCGCUGCACCAAGUGUGGGAAGAGCGUGGACAACAUGCCCGAGUUGCACAAGCACGUUUUGGCUUGCGCUUCAGCCAGUGACAAGAAGCGGUACACUCCAAAAAAGAACCCCGUGCCUCUGAAACAGGCGGUCCGCCCCAAAAACGGGGUGGUUUUGCCCGGCCCCGCCAACCACAGCUUCCGGCGCGUGGGCCAGCCCAAGAGGCUCGACUUCGGCGUCGAGGUGAGCCGGAUGGCCUCCGACAAGCUGAAGCUCAGCGCCCUGAAGAAGAAGAACCAGCUGGUCCAGAAGGCGAUUUUGCAGACGAAGAGGUCGCAGCAGCGGGCGGAGCUCAGGAACAGCAGUGUGGAGCCCAGCGCCCACAUCUGCCCCCACUGCAGCAGGGAGUUCACGUACGUCGGGAGCUUAAACAAGCACGCCUCCUACAGCUGCCCGCAGAAGCCAGUUUCCUCUUCCUCGAAAAAGAAGGCCAAAAAGAAAAGCAGCGGGAUGUCGUCCCCCAGCAGCAACAAGAGCGGCGCCAACCCGCGCCGGCGGACGGCCGACACCGAGAUCAAAAUGCAGAGCGCUCACGCGCACCUGGGGAAGACCCGGGCUCGCAGCUCGGGGCCCGCGACCGUCCAGCCGCCCCCCGCCUCCUUCAAGCUGAAGCAGAACGUCAAGUUCGCGCAACCUACCAAGUCCAAGAAGGCCCCCCCUCCGCCGGCAGCGAGGAACAUCGGCCCAGCGAGGGUGGGCAAGGCGGUCCCGCUGGAAGGGAAGCGGAGCAAGGGAGUCGCAAAGGGCGGCUCCCCUGGACUGCUCAGCAAAGCCUCGCGCAAGCUGCACGUCCGCAUCCAGCGCAGCCAGGCGGCCCUGGCCAGCAAGAAGAAGGCCGACCGGUUCGGGGCAAAGUCGUCGAGGGAGCGGGUCGGGGGGCCCGUCACCCGGAGCUUGCAGCAGGCGACCUUUGCCGAGGCCACGGAGAACAGGAGGGAGGAGAGCUUGGCCCGGCCGGAGCCGAAGGACUUCAGGAACCUUCUUUAAGGAGACGACAAGCCGAACCCUCCGCGUGUGUAAAUGAGAUUUUCCAAGCGACGGGCUCGAACCAUCUCCAUCCUGCUCAGCGCAGCAGGAGGCGCACAGAGGCCCCGUCCUCCGGGCACGAACGGCCCGGGCAGAGCUGAGGAGGCCGCGGACCCCCGCUGACGUGCUGCGCCGGAGCCAGGCUCGGGUUGCCCCAGACAAGCCAUUCUUAGCUGCAGAGACAAGACUCGCAGGGUGCGGUUGCCCCAUUCUCCCCUCGCCCCCGCCAGCCCUGGCUUUUUUAUAAAGCAGGUGGUCAGACUCGACGGGAGCAAAUUCCGCCAGGGCGUUCCUUGCUUAGGCGCCUGGCUUUUCUCUGGUGUGGCCAGGUGAGACGCAGACGACAGCUCAGCUGAGAGCGUUGCCAAACGCACUGAGAGCAGAGCUGCUCAGAAGGCCCCGGCACGUGUCAGGGAUGACAGACAGCUCACGCUGCAUCCAGAAUAUUUCUGGUCACCCCUCCGGUCUCUGAAGGCCUUUGUUUUACACCAGCCGGUGCAGAGACCACCUGGGAUUUCUUCCUGCUCCUCCACCUCCACACCGCCGCCGCCGCCGCUGCCUCACCGGUUUGGUUCCGGUCCCUGCUUUUCCAAAACAGCUUCUUCGCACUCUUGGGGAGCAAGAGAAACGGUGGUGCGGCCAGCCUUAAGGAUACCGAUAUCCAAAAUCCUCCAGGGUGGAUGAGGCAUCCACAGCUUCUUGUGAACGAAUUGCUCACCACAGAACACUAUAGCACAAAGAAUGCACAGAGAAACGGCUGUUAAUUGGCGGGCUGUGGGCAAAGCGAGAGCUACUUUUUUCCCCUGUCGUGAAGCAGAAUCGAAUCUCCCACCCCCACCCCCUUUCCUGGGGUACAGCUCCCUUUUUUCCAGAGGCGUGUUCUGAAAACUUGCCUUUCCAUUUCGGCGAACAGCAGUUCUUUCGUUUCACUUAGGCCACCCCCCCGGUUUUUCAAAGCUAUUUGUUCUUGACUUAAAAAAAGAAAAGUAAUCUACCUCUUAAAAUUUGAAGUUUCGAUGUUGUUUUGGUGGCUUCAUGCCACUUUAACCGCCUCUCGCUAUCAUUCCCUUUCAUUUGUUUUCUUGGUUUAUGGGGACAUCUACAUGAAACGGUUGUACAAAGCAUUUGUAGCAAGUUUGGAGAGGGGGGAUGAAAUAUUUAAAAUUAUUUAAAUUGUUUUUGACACCUCGGUUGUAUUAUAUGUGAUUUACAUUUUACAUGAAUUUGUUUAUGUGGGGGAGAGGAGAGGGUCUUUAUCUGAAGAUGGCUCUUGUAUUAAAGUUGGCUGUUCCGUAGUUCUUCAUUUUUCCCCUUUUUCUCAUUGGAGAGUGAUGCAAAGGCUAUUCUAUAAAAAACAUUAAAAUUUCCAAUUUGCCAUACAAAAACCAAAA